GUACCUUGGCGUGCUGCUGCCUUGCACGUUAGUUGCACGGAGCACAAUGAGGUGGUUAGUUUGUUCAAUCGUGUCCUUGUCGCUGGUGCUGGCUGUGGUCGGCGAGUUGCUCAACAGUGGCGAUGCGUGUAAAACACCGUCCGGUACGGCGGGCAUUUGUGAACCGGUGAAAAAUUGUACGUACGUGCGGAAGAUUCUGCAAAGUCCGGACUUUUCCCACUACGACACAAACUAUCUGGAAACGUUACAAUGUGGCGAAAUGAAGAUUCCGAUGAGGAAGAAGCCUAUUCCCUUGCUGUGCUGUCCAAAGUUUGGCAAUGCACCUACGUGCGGAGCGCAGCAUAUAGCCGAUCGAAUCUAUUUCGGCGAGGAAACGGAACGGGGCGAACAUCCGUGGGCUGCCCUGUUGUUCUACAACGUUGGCAGAAACCGUACCGUGCCAAAGUGUGGUGGUGCGCUCGUUUCGGAGCGGUAUGUGAUAACGGCUGCACACUGCACCGUAGACAAACCGAACUGGAAGCUACUGUAUGUCCGUUUCAAUGAAUUCAACACGUCCAGCCCGGAUAACUGUACCACGGUGGAAAACGAUGAGGUCAUCUGCCGUGAAGACUACGCGGUGGAAACGAUUACUCCGCACCCCGACUACGACAUGUACAACAUUUCGCGUCCCAAUGACAUCUGUAUCCUACGGCUUGCUUCCGAUGUCACGUUCAAUGACUACGUACGUCCCAUCUGUUUGCCGUUCGAUCUCGCCAUACAACAGCUUCCAGUAGCGGAUGAAAUCUUCACCGUUACCGGUUGGGGAGAAACAGAAGAGAGAAGGCCCAGUGACGUACAGAAACACGUGGAUUUGCCCGGAUUGGAAAAUGAAGCCUGCAAUUCAGUAUAUGCCGUGGCAAACGUUACCCUUACGGAUCGACAAUUGUGUAUCGGUGGGUUGAAUGGUUCUGAUUCCUGCCGGGGAGAUUCCGGAGGACCAUUGAUGCGAGAAGUUGGUGGUGGCUGGUACCUUGUAGGUGUGGUCAGUUUUGGGGCACGGUUUUGUGGUACGCAAAAUUUGCCCGGGGUGUAUACAAACAUCGCAAAAUAUUUGGACUGGAUGGAGACGGUUAUGUUCGUGGAACAAUAUUUGUAGGCGUGAUAGACAAUAAAAAAGCAAAAAAACUCAUCGAACGG